CUGGCACCAAUUUGUCGAGCCCGGACGGAUGGAAGGCAUGGUGGGUCAUGGGCACGGGAAACGACUCCACGUGUGUGUUCCAGGGCGCCUCCGACCACUGCGCCACACACAUGGCGCGUGAUAAAAUUGCUUGGCUCGGGUGGAUUUGGUGAUGUGUAUAAGGUUGCAAAAGUAAACGAUCCAGACAAAACAGAGUCCGCUAUGAAGACCGAAAUGGUAGUCGGUAAUCGGCAAAUGCUUCGCUUGAAAAUUGAAGUUUUGGUGCUGAUGAAGUGCCAUGAACAAACCGAUCCAGCGAGAAAGGGCCACUUUGUCGCGUUCGUCGAUCGAGGCAAAACGGAUAAAUUCAAGUUCCUAGUGAUGGGUCUAGUGGGACCGUCGCUGGAGGAUAUACGACGAAAAGACUUACUGAAAAAUUACUCAAAGGCGACAGCAAUGACGUGCUGUAUACAGACAUUAACAGCGCUACGUGACUUGCAUGGAAUUGGAUAUAUACACAGGGAUAUAAAACCGCAAAACUACGCAAUUGGCCUGGGUGAGAAAGAAUCAACGAUCUAUAUGUUGGACUUCGGAAUCGCAAGAAAGUACACCGUUGCGUGUCACAAGCAGAUUGAGCAAGGAUGCAAGGACGACUUGGAAUGCUGGCUAUAUAUGGUACCGUUGCAGAAGUUUCUACAUACAUCGUUCUCAUCAAUCAAUCUUACUUGA